CGGUAAACUACUGCAAAAAUUUAAAAGAAAUGGCCGGCCACGUAUGCGUUUGUCUUCAAUGAAGAAGGUGAUUCUCCACUUUUCCAUUAAAGUCCCUCCUUUGCUUUGCCCUCUUCUCAAUCCCAAAACAUGAUGGUGAUGAUGAUGAACUCCAUCAAACUCUUCUUAAUUUGCUGUGUGUUCGUGGUCAUGUCUCUUUUCGCUCCUGCUCUCUGCUCAUCCACAUACAACAUUGCUUCAUGUUUGACGCAACACAACAUAAACAACUUCACCACUAUCCCCACCACCGAAAAUGAGUCGACACAGUACUAUGCGCUGCUCAAUUCCUCCAUCCAUAAUCUGCGGUUUUCAGGCCCUGCGGUCCCCAAACCGGUCGUGAUUAUCUUCCCGGAUAGUGUCGAGCAGCUCAGGAGUUGCGUUGUGUGUUGCAGGGAAGGCGCGUGGGAAAUCAGAGUACGGUGCGGUGGGCACAGCUACGAAGGGACUUCAUGGGUGGCCACCAACGGAGCCCCGUUUGCGGUCAUCGACAUGAUGAAUCUAAAUCAGGUCCGCGUGGACCUUGCCACCGAGACAGCUUGGGUUGAAGGUGGGGCUACGCUAGGAGACACCUACUAUGCCAUUUCACAAGCGAGCGAUGUCCACGGGUUUUCAGCAGGGUCGUGCCCAACCGUGGGAGUGGGCGGACAUAUCAGCGGUGGCGGAUUCGGGCUAUUGUCAAGAAAAUAUGGACUAGCGGCAGAUAAUGUGGUCGAUGCGCUCCUUGUAGACUCAAGGGGGCAGUUGUUGGACCGCAAAGCCAUGGGGGAAGAUGUGUUUUGGGCAAUUCGCGGUGGCGGCGGCGGCCUCUGGGGGAUUAUCUAUGCCUGGAAGAUCAAGUUAUUACAUGUGCCACAAAAAGUGACAGGCUUCAUAGUCUCUAGGCCAGGAACAAAACACCGAGUAGCAAAGUUGGUCGACAAGUGGCAGCACAUUGCACCUAACUUAGAAGAUGACUUCUAUUUAUCAGCUUUCGUAGGAGCUGAUUUGCCACAGAUGAAGACAACAGGGAUUUCAGCUACCUUCAAGGGCUUCUUUCUGGGUCCAAGAACUGAAGCCGUCUCUCUCAUAAUCCGGAAAUUUCCAGAGCUUGGCAUUGAGGAAGAAGAUUGCAAGGAAAUGAGCUGGAUUGAGUCCGUCCUGUUCUUCUCGGGGCUUGGCGAUGGAAGCUCCAUUUUGGACUUGAAAAACCGGUUCAUAGACUACAAGUACUUCAAAGCCAAAUCGGACUACGUGAGGUCUCCAAUUUCCUUGAGUGGGAUCCUGGAAGCCCUGGACAUACUCGAGGCAGAGCCCAAAGGGUAUGUGAUCCUGGACCCUUAUGGAGGAAUCAUGCACAACAUAAGUAGCAAAUCCAUUGCUUUUCCGCACCGGGAAGGCAACUUGUUCACAAUCCAGUACCUCGUCGAGUGGCAUGAGAACGACAACGAGGGAAGAGACGGGUACCUGAAAUGGAUCAGAGGGUUCCACGAUUCGAUGACGCCCCAUGUCUCAAGCGGUCCGAGGGCAGCUUAUAUCAAUUACAUGGACCUUGAUCUUGGGGUGAUGCGACUGAUUGAUCCUAGUGCUAGUAACGAUGGUGCAGUGGAGAUCGCCCGGGUGUGGGGUGAGAAGUACUUCCUGGGGAAUUACGAGAGGCUCGUGCGAGCCAAAACAAAGAUCGACCCUCUCAAUGUGUUCAGUAAUCAGCAGGGGAUUCCUCCCAUGUCUUCAGGUGGCGGUGCCGGAACGGGACAUCUCGACGUAGCGAAAUGAGCUCGAUAACAUUGUCGUAGGCGAAAGAGGAGAAGAGGAAAAUGUGGAGGCUUUGUUCAUGGUGAUUCGAUGCAUAUGCGCUUACAAGAUGAGGGAUAGGAGUUUCCUGUUUGCAUCAGGUUGAGUCUUGUAGGUGGUGGUUGUUGUUAUGCUACGAGUCUCACGUGGUUUGAACUAGAAAAACGACCACCUGAUGUCUCGAAGCCAGGGUAAAUAUGAUUUACAUUACAGUUUUAUGCCACUCAAAUUAAGCAUCA